UUCAUUUUCUUGGAUAUGGAGAUGGAGGGUUUAUAUCAAUGUGAAGCUAAUUAUGUGCCUUUGACACCUAUUAGUUUUCUAGAAAGGGCAUCAUUUGUCUACGGAAAAAGUCCAUCUGUUAUCUACGGUGAUAUAGUAUAUACAUGGAAUGAAACACGCGACCGGUGUGUUAAACUGGCUUCUGCCCUUUCCCUUUUGGGUAUUAACCGUGGAGAAGUUGUUGCAGCUUUGGCCCCAAACAUACCUGCCCUUUACGAGCUUCAAUUUGGGGUUCCAAUGGCGGGUGCAGUCCUUUCUGCUCUCAACACAAGGCUCGAUCCAUCCACCUUAACUGCCAUCCUCCAACUAUUGGAACCUAAAAUCAUCUUUGUAGAUCAUCAAUUCAUCCAAAUUGUACUUGAAGCAUUCAACUUAAUGUCGUCGGGAAAACCAGCACCGCCGCGGCUCGUUCUCAUCGGUGGAAAGAAUUGCGCCAUUGUUCCUUCGAAUACUCUUGAUUACGAUGAUCUUCUUUCUUUAGGAAAACCCGAUUUCAAGAUCAUACACCCGAACGAUGAAUGUGAUCCAAUUUCAAUAAAUUUCACUUCGGGAUCAACGGGGAAGCCGAAGGGGGUUGUGUAUAGCCAUAGAGCGACGUAUCUUAACUCGCUAGCGGUAAUCUUUAGAUACGAUAUGAGGAAAAUGCCGGUUUUUUUAUGGACGGUUGACAUGUUUCGCUGCAACGGAUGGUGUUUCCCGUGGGCGGUAGCGGCAUUGGGUGGCACCAAUGUUUGCCUAAGAGAAACCACAUCGGAGGUGAUCUUUCAUUCGAUUGUGAUCCAUAAGGUAACACACUUGUGUGGUGCCCCAAUUCUUUUAGACAAGAUUGCAAAUUCGAAAAGCAGUGAACAACGACCGAUUCCAACCAGGGUCGAUGUAAUCGUUGCAGGGCCUUUGCCGCCAUCAGAAAUCAUUUCGAAAGUUGAGAGCUUUGGGUUCGAUAUUCACCAUGGGUACGGAAUGACUGAAGCUCUCGGACCCAUGACUGAUAGAACUUUGAGGACCAAUGAUGACGAUAACGAUGAGCGUGUGAGGAUCAAAUGUCGUGAAGGAACUCACAGUAUUUUAAUGGAGGAUGUGGAUGUGAAGGACACAAAGACGAUGAUCAGCGUACCAUCGGACGGGAAGACCAUCGGAGAAGUGGUGUUUAGGGGUAAUGUUGUAAUGUUAGGGUACCUUAAAAACCUACAAGGUACACAAAAGGCCUUUAAUGGCGGUUGGUACAGAACCGGGGACCUCGGGAUUCGAAACCCGAACGGCGACAUAAUUAUGAAGGAUCGUGCAUCGGAUAGCAUUACCACGAAAGGGGAGAUUGUUAGCACCAUCGAUAUCGAACAUGUCAUAAAAAGUCAUCCAUUCGUGAUGGAAGUUGCGGUUGUCGGAAAAGCCGACAAAAUCGUCGGGGAAAUUCCAUCCGCUUUCGUAACAUUAAAAGAAGACUGUUUUUUAAGCAGCAAUGACAUCAUCAAGUUUUGUGAAGAAAAAUUGUUGCCUAGGAGUAUGGUACCCAUAAACGUUUCUUUCGGUAAAUUGCCCGUGAAUUCGACCGGAAAAAUUCUGAAAUAUGUUCUUAGGGAAAAAGCCAAGGCCACCGGGAGCAUUCAUGGUACAAAUGGGCAUAACGGCAUCUCCAACCCGUCACAAUAGCGGUUGUUUAGGUAUAUCACUUUAAAUGAGAGUUCAAUUAAAUCCAUGACAUUCUUACGAAUAUAAAACCAAUUUUUUUCUUGAAUCAAUCGUCAUGAAUUUAAUUAAAACCUUAUUUAAAAUGAAACCAUCUAAAGACAUUAUUGGUUUUAUUAUGUUUUUAUAAUUAUCAUGUAUUUUCAUCA